AAGGAAAGGGAUUUUAUUUUUUUUUUUGACCGAAUUCAGAAAGAAAAGUGAGAAAUUUGAAAGUGAGAGAAAAGGAAAAGCAUUCUCAGCGAAAAAGAAUUUGUUUGUGUAAUGGGCAGUCCCAAAUUCAAACUCUCCGAUUCCCUCUCUCGUCUUCCUCCCAAAUCUUCCUUCCGAUACUCCACCUGGUACUCGCCGCCGCCGCCGUCGCCGCCUCACACCGACGAUCUUCUCGCCGCCGUCUCCACAGCCAUCAACAACGCCCAAACAAAGCCUCUCGCCUCUUCUCUCCGGCGGCUCCUCCCUUCCCUCAGAGCCCACCAUGUGGUCAAUCUCCUCAACCACAACCCGUUCUCUCUCCACCCUCUCUCUCUCUUCUCCUUCUUCAACUGGCUCUCCUCUCAGCCCACCUUUCGCCACACCGUCCAAUCCUACUGCGCGAUGGCUCACUUCCUCUGCGCCCACCGAAUGUUCGCGGAAUCUCAUUCGAUCGUUCGAUUCCUCGUCUCCCGCAAAGGGAAAGACUCAGCGUCUUCGAUCUUUGCCGCGAUUCUCGAAGUUGCAGGUACGCGCUCUUCGAAUUUGGUGUUUGAUGCUUUGAUGAUUGCGUAUGCGGAUUCCGGGUUCGUUUCCGAUGCGAUUCAGUGUUUUAGGUUAGUUAGGAAGUAUAAUUUUCAAAUCCCGUCCCGUGGUUGUGGUUACUUGCUUGAUAAAAUGAUGAACUCGAACUCCACUGUGUCGAUUUGGACGUUUUAUUCGGAAAUUAUGGAUUCUGGAUUCCCGCCUAAUGUAAAAUACUUCAACAUUUUGAUCAAUAAGUUCUGUAAAGAGGGUAAUAUUAGAGAUGCCAGGUUGAUUUUCUUUGAAAUUGGGAAGAGGGGUUUACGUCCCACAACUGUUAGCUUCAAUACCUUGAUUAAUGGGCUCUGUAAGUCCCAAAAUUUAGAUGAGGGUUUUAGGUUGAAGAAGAUUAUGGAAGAAAAUAGAAUAUAUCCUGAUGUUUUCACCUACAGUGUUCUGAUUCAUGGGUUAUGCAAAGAAGGCAGGCUAUAUGAUGCAGAACAACUGUUUGAUGAAAUGCAGCAGAGAGGAUUGAAGCCAAAUGAUGUCACUUUCACCACUUUGAUCAACGGGCAAUGUAGGAGCGGGCAAAUUGACUCAGCCAUGAACACUUAUCAGCAAAUGUUAACCAUGGGAGUGAAACCUGAUUUGGUUAUGUACAACACACUCUUAAAUGGCCUUUGCAAGGUUGGAGAUGUUAGUAAAGCUAGGAAGCUAAUUGGUGAAAUGAAAAUGGUGGGGAUGAAACCUGAUAAAAUCACUUACACUACACUCAUAGAUGGUUACUGCAAAGAGGGAGAUCUAGAGUCAGCUAUGGAGAUUAGAAAAGGAAUGAACGAAGAAGGGGUUGUGCUUGAUGAUGUAGCUUUCACAGCCCUUAUUUCAGGUUUGUGUAGAGAUGGAAGGGUGAUUGAUGCCGAGAGAACCUUGAGGGAGAUGAUGGAAGCUGGUAUGAAACCUGACGAUGCCACGUAUACCAUGGUGAUCGACGAGUAUUGUAAGAAGGGUGAUGUUAAGAUGGGGUUUAAGCUGCUGAAAGAGAUGCAGAGAAAUGGCCAUAAUCCUGGUGUCAUAACUUACAAUGUGCUUAUGAAUGGAUUGUGCAAGCAAGGGCAGAUGAAGAAUGCAAAUAUGCUAUUGGAAGCAAUGCUUAAUUUAGGAGUAACUCCAGAUGAUAUUACAUACAAUAUUCUUUUGGAAGGGCAUUGUAAAAAUGGAAAAGCAGAGGAUUCCAUUAAACUCCGAAAUGAGAAAGGACUUGUUGUCGAUUAUGCGUAUUAUACUUCUUUAGUUGGUGAAUACGAUAAAUCCUUAAAGGACCGUCAAAAGAGGUGAUGGUGAUAUGUUGUCGAAUAGGUAACUUCAGAUGGCAUAACAUACAGCAUUCUUUCUGGAAGGGCAUCGUAAAAAUGGAAGAGCAGAAGAUUUUCUUCAGACGUCAAAGAUGAGGUUCGCUAAUUCUUUUCAAAAUGCGAAGAUAAAAAGCUCUCACGGAACCAAACCCAAUGACAAAUAACAUGUAGUGGAUUGUGCAUAUUAGGCUUCUUUAGUCGGUGAAUCCGAUAAAGCCUUAAAGGAUUCUCAAAAUAGAUGAAGAUGAUAUGUUGCCAGAUGAAAACUUGUCUGUCUUCUUUCAGUGGAUAUUUGGCAGUUCAGUUAACUCACAAAGUAGAACAACGAUGUAGAUAAAAGGAUUAUCUACGCAAAGAGGAGCUCGGAAUGUGUUCAAAUGGUAAAAGAGACUUUGGAGUGGGUUAAAUCUCUCGGUGGACACCUACUUAAGAUAUUAAAAUCUUACAAGCUUCUUACCAAUCAAAUGGGAUCGGAAUAGUUGUCUCAUGAGAUUAGUCAAAGAAGGAGAAAAAGAGAAGAGCUUGGAAGGAACUUUGUUGGUAAGGGAUUGUUUCAAAAUAA